CCAUAUCAGCCAAUGAGAACAAGCCUUGUUACCACAAGCCAAAAAUCCCACGACCGCCAUGAUGCUUGUUUGCUCUCUAUGUUAAACAGCAGAGGAUACAUAGUGAAUCACAAACAAAGGAAGCACGCAGUCGUCUUCGUCAACUGGUAUGCGUUUGCAGUAUCACAGGGAUGCCCAAGGAAAAAUAUGACCCGCCAGACCCCAGGCGGAUGUACACCAUAAUGUCCACUGAAGAGGCAGCCAACGGGAAGAAAUCGUACUGGGCGGAGCUCGAGAUCAGCGGUAAAGUGCGGAGUCUGAGCACGGCAUUGUGGUCCCUCACCCACCUCACAGCACUGCACAUCAGCGACAACUCUCUGUCCCGCAUCCCGCCCGACAUCGCCAAAUUACACAAUCUGGUGUACCUCGACCUUUCGUCCAAUAAGAUCAGGAGCCUGCCGGCCGAGCUUGGCAACAUGGUGUCUCUCAGGGAACUGCUUUUAAAUAACAACCAGCUGCGGGUUCUGCCUUUCGAACUGGGAAAGCUCUUCCAGUUACAGACACUGGGACUAAAAGGAAACCCUCUAGCACAAGAAAUCGUGAACCUGUACCAGGAACCUGAUGGAACCCGUCGACUGCUCAACUACCUGCUGGACAACCUGGCGGGCACCAACAAACGCACCUCCACAGAGCAGCCCCCUCCCCGGAACUGGAUCAUACUGCAGGAAGCCGACCGGACACGGCCGGCAGCUCUGUUCUCAGUGAUGUGCUACAACGUGCUCUGCGACAAGUACGCCACGCGCCAGCUCUACGGCUACUGCCCGUCCUGGGCCCUCAACUGGGAGUACAGGAAGAAGUCCAUCAUGCAGGAGAUCCUCAGCUGCAACGCCGACAUCAUCAGCCUGCAGGAGGUGGAGACGGAGCAGUACUAUCAUUACUUCCUGGUGGAGCUGAAGGAGCACGGGUACGAGGGGUUCUUCAGCCCCAAGUCCCGGGCCAGGACCAUGUCCGAGUCGGACCGCAAGCACGUGGACGGCUGUGCGGUAUUCUUUAAGACCGAAAAGUUCAGCCAGGUGCAGAAGCACACGGUGGAGUUUAACCAGCUGGCCAUGGCCAACUCGGAGGGCUCGGAGGCCAUGCUGAACCGAGUCAUGACCAAGGACAACAUCGGCGUGGCCGUCCUGCUGGAGCUGCGUAAGGAGGUGAUGGAGCAGUGCGUGGGGAAGUCUGUGCCCAGCAUGGAAAAGCAGCUGGUCCUGGUGGCCAACGCGCACAUGCACUGGGACCCCGAGUACUCGGACGUGAAGCUGGUGCAGACCAUGAUGUUCCUGUCUGAGGUGAAGAACAUCGUGGACAAGGCCACGCGCAGCCUCAAGCUGUCCUCCAUCUCCGGGGAGACCAACGGCAUCCCGCUGGUGCUGUGCGCCGACCUCAACUCGCUGCCCGACUCUGGCGUGGUGGAGUACCUGAGCACGGGCGGGGUGGACUGCACUCACAAGGACUUCAAGGAGCUGCGCUACAUCGACAGCCUGACAAACUUCAACUGCAACGGGAAGAACAGCACGUCCAACGGCCGCAUCACCCAUGCUUUCAAGCUCAAGAGCGCCUACGAUAAUGGCCUCAUGCCUUACACCAACUACACCUUCGACUUCAAGGGUGUCAUUGACUACAUUUUCUACUCCCAGCCUCUGCUCAAUGUUUUGGGUGUCCUGGGGCCCCUGGAUCCCCAGUGGCUUCAUGAGAACAAUAUCAGCGGCUGCCCACACCCCCACGUCCCCUCCGAUCACUUCUCUUUGUUUGCACAACUGGAGCUGGCCCUGCCCUACCCGCCGCCGCUCAACGGGAUCCACCUGCCCAGCCGCAGGUAGUCCUCCGAGCCACCGGGGGGAGUCGCUGCUCACAGCUCCGCUCAGUUUUGUAAACUUCAGAAGAAACCCAAAAUCUGUACUCAUCUUGAGUAAUACACCAGACGAGUGGGAUAUGGCCAACAGAUUUUUUUUUCUUUUUUUUUUUCUUUCUUUUUUUCUUUUCCUAAAUGAUUUCACAGAUUUUAAUUUGAACAAAUGCUGAAGUCAAUCUUUGUAAAAAUGCCGACCAUCUUUUCAGACAUAAUGUGUAACGUCCCACUCCCCGGCUUCAUUCGUGUUGCUAUGCCGUAAAGGACCACGGCGAUGAUCAGGUAGUACCUCUGUAGCCGUCUGGAUACGUGCAGUCGUCACGCCUAGAGUCUGUAGUAAGUUUUAAAACAAAGAGAAAAUGUCGUUUGUUCAUGGGAGAACCCAUCGUGCAGAAAUCCAGUUAAGAGAAAAAAGAAGCCAAACAAGCUUGAGUUCCCAGAGUAAAAACAAACAUGAAUAAAUUAACAGCUGUUAACCGUACGGCUGCUUUGGCCUAUAUUCCCAAGGUGGUUUGAGUGCACCCCCCCCAACCCCUGGUUUAGCCCCAUCCUGUGUGAUGCUAUGUUUUCUGUGGGAGACUUUUUUGCUGUAGGAGGGAGCAGGCCCGACUGGCUGGUGCGUUUUUUUUAACAAGUUCUCCUGGUGCUAUACGAGCCCUGUCCACCAGCGUUGCACUCUACCAAUUGGUGCUGACCGCACUGGGCCGUCUCCUGCAAGCAAAGGGUUAAUGACAUCAGCCACAGGGCACACACCAUCACACAGUGCAUCCCGGCCCCAGCGGUCAUAUUAAAGAGAAGACUUCAGAUUAGCUUUGUUUUGUGGGCAGACAUCAUUGCCGUGGUCCCCCGUUCCAUUUUAUCGUGACGUAUUUUUCCAAGUUUCCCUUUAAGGCGGGAUGAGGUGAACGGCUGCACGUAGCCGCGGCACGCUGCCACAGAGCCGCCACCUUCAGGUAAAAAAACGAAAAGAAAAAAAACGCAGCGGGACGUGGGCCAGGCGUGCGUCCGUCUGCGCUGAGCCGCGCUAACGCUACGUCAGCGGGUUCAGCGCUCAGGCGGUCACCGCGGUUACGGGUGAACAGAUGUCAUCUCAGCCUUUUUUACUACAGGGAGGGGGGCUCUUUUGGGCACCAGCACACACACGUACACACAUGGACAUGCACACACACGCAUACACGCACGCACACACACACACACGCAGAUUUGUAGCACUGUUUCAGAGGCCAGUAGUGUCCUUCCCUGGCCAUAACUGCACCCUCCUCUCCAGGGGCUUUUCCUACAGAUGUUUGUAUAACGUUGACGUAGCUGAAGUUUGGAUUCCGCCUUUACAUGAUUGUAUAUGAACCACAGAAGACCUGAUCUGUGUGGCAUUUUUGUACUAAGAAUUAUGAUCAGAUUUAGAGACAAAAAAAAAGAUUGUAUUGUAAACUAAGGUGACAUUUGUAUCUGUUUUAAGGUGUUUAAAAAUGUAUAUAUGAAAGACCAGCUUGUACUAGAGUUAAAAACAGAGGAUGUUUCUGGGUUCUCACCUCUGCUCUCUUCUCAGUGACUAUUUCUAGGUGUACUGCUGUUUUUUUUUUGUUUUUAAUUAAUGAAGACUUUGCACUCCAAAUUCGGAUUCGGACUAAACCAAAUUUGUCUCAAGAAUCUUCUUUACCAUAAAGAAGUUUGUCUUGGGUAACUGGCUCAAAUGCACGGCUAGAGAUGGUCUUGUGAGACUGACCAGAAAGCGACUGUUCUCACGCCCCUCGGGCUGCAGAGAGCUCACGUAUCGCCGCCCUGGUGGUGACGAGGUGGAAAGAACAGCUGUGCAAGCUCAUUCGCACCACAGUGGGAACUGCAGCACGUGAACAGGCCAAUACCCAAACCGCCUCUGAGUAUGUGUAGUGUGUGUUUAUAUAUAUAUAUAUAUAUAUAUAUAUAUAUGUAUAUAUACACACACACACACACACUAGAAAUAUGCAGUGUGUAUGUCUAUAUAUGUACACACGCAGUUAAAGCAUUUGUGGAUGUUUUAUUAGAGGUCUUUUUUAUGGGUUGUAGGAAUAUUUCUGUCUUUUUUGUUGAACUCACAAUCAGGUAAUGUGCGACAGAGUUUGGCCUUUUUCUUUUUUUAAAAAGCUGCUUAACCUGGUACCUGCUUACGUCUCUGCAGUGCUCUCGUUCUGAUAUAUUUCCCUGUCUUCUGUUUUAAUAACACGAUAUUAAAUGCGCGCGAUGCUGCAGUGUCCCUUAGAGCCCCGCCCCUCUUGGUGUCAUUCUAAAAAUCACUGUACGGAGCCCCGCCCCCCUCCCCCCGCCGUUAUCUCAGGCUGUUCUUCUCUCAGUAGUUUAGUUUGGAUCUGUGUCCUUUUCUACGGCUGUAUCCUCCGCUCUGCGUAGUGCCAUCUAAUGCUUACCGCCAGAAAGCCAAGUGUAAAGAUGGAAGCCCUCCUCUUGCCACAACCGCGUUAAGAGAUGUUUUUUAGGGGGGUGGGGUGGGAAAGCAAAGGGUGCCAUUUUCCCUCUUUCCGGGUGUGUUCCUGCUCCCCCCGUGGGCCAGAAGUGGUGUGGUCCAAGCUUGUCAUUUUAAUGAUGUUCUCUGAGGACCACAUCGGUCCUGUACAAUCAUCCAUUGAGAGGGGAAAAAGAGAAAAAAAACAUGAAAUGUGUAAAUUUUUCAGUGUGCUAAGAAUAUUCCAUGGAAGCUGUUCUUUGCUCAAUUUUCAUGUUUUUUUUUUGUUUUACUUAUUUUAAAUGAAAUUGAUUGACAAGCACUUAAAGUAGAUCACCAGUGCAGCUACCCUCUGGAAAAGGAAUCUUAUAUAAAACCCUCUUUUUAAAACUGUGCUUUUGCCAUUGUGCAAAAGUGAAUUUUAAUCUUUUUUAUUGUUACUCUGCGUAAAGAGGAAAAUGGGGGAAGCGGUGGAUCUGUCAUCCUCGUCCAGGACCUGUUUUUUUCUCUGCUUUUUUCUUUCUUUUUUUUGUUUGUUUCGAACAAAAGUAAAACGUGGGGACUAUUAUGUUGAAUUGCAAAUAGUGUUGUAGUAUGUUGGAAAAAAUAGCUUUUUUUUUGUAAAGUGUGAAUAAAAGUUGUAUCUCUUGUUUCCUUUCUUUAAAACAAA